GGGGCCUCCCGGAUAGACUUGGAACUCGGGGUUUCCUCCUCCCCUAAGAGGAAGACCAGGAGAUAACAGCAUAACUGGACCGUGAAUUUCCAGUCCUAAUAUUGCUGAGAAAGUUUGGGUGGCACAUACUUGGAACCCAUGCUAUAAAUACUUUGUAGUACACAGGGGAUUCUAACAAACGUUUGCAAGUGGGUGACAGCCACAGCACGUUCUAUUAGAGAGACUUCGAGAGUCAUUGAGCUCCUUUAAUACUGUUUCCUUAUCGGUCACGAACACACUAGUAAUGGUGCUUACUUAACAGGUGUGUGAGAAUUAAAGAGGUGUAUUAGCAUCUUAGGAAAUCUUUAAUUGAAUCCCCCGUUGGUUACUUUCAACCGUGCUGAUCCCUGCACGUCUAGAGGAAUUCAUGGAGGGACUUUUGUCAUUCUUGAAGAAGGGUUCGUCUGGAGGGUCUUUAGGAGCUGUCGAUAACACCAGACAUCAACUACUUCCUGUGAACCCACACUGAGACAUUACCCCUGAACCCAGACUGUUAGAUUACACAGCAGCGAGGAACCAGCUUAUGCAAGAGUCUCAGGAGCUGACGGCUGGUGGGCCCUCUUGCUCUGAACUCUGUUCUGUCCUGUGGCCACGAUGUCAACUACAUUGCUUGGCUCGUUUCUGAUAACAGUUCUUCCCUUUCUCAAGCCCCUCCUUUGACUGCCUCAGACUCAAGGCAACUGACUCCACCCUGUCUUUCAAAAAGAGAAAAAAUAAGAUAAAAAAAAAUGCAACUUUUUUUUUUAUUAGCUACCUGCCAAAGACUAUGUGGCCAUGCCAUUUUUCUGUGGCCCUAUUUCUCUUUUCUUUUGUUUUUGUUUUUCUGGUAGGAUCCCCUGCCCUUGCCUGGCUGCUGGGGGCCUUUACUGGAAGCCUGGAGAUUUCCUAUAACCUAAGGGCAGCUAGUUACUGGUCUUUGCAUAUGGCCAGGCAAACAAGUCUAGUCUCUUUCAUCCAGUUAAUCAAAGAGUUUGGGGUUUGUGGUCAAUAUAUUGUGCACCCCAAUAAGCUUAUCUGGGGAUCAGAGAACAGAACACCUGAUAGAUAGACAUAGAGGCCAGAAAAUGGUGGCACACACACCUUGAAUCCCAGCAUUCUGGAGGCAGAGGUCCAUCCGGUUCUCUGUGAGUUCCAAGCCACACUGGAAACAACCAGGCAUGGUGACUCACGCCUUUAAUCCCAGGAAGUGAUGGCAGGAAGCAAAAAGGUAUAUAAGGCGUGAAAACCAGGAACUAGCCUAGUUAAGCUUUUAGGCUUUUGAGCAGCAGUUCAGCUGAGAUCCAUGUGGAUGAGGACACAGAGGCUUCCAGUCUGCGGAAACGAGAUCAGCUGAGGAACUGGCGAGCAAGUGCCCCUACCCACAGAGCCAUCUCACCAGCCCCAUACCUUCUUAAGUAUACUUUUGUCAUUUUAGGUAAGGAGUGCAGUCCAACUCUUCUUGGGCUUUGCCCCUCCUUAUUUUAUCGCAUGCAUUUCUGCCUCAUAUGUCAAUAAAUGAUCUAGGUUAAGGGUUCAUUUCUUCUUCAGGUUUGGAUACAGAUUGUCCCCAUGAAUAGCUCAGAUGUCGAAGGCCAAUCCCCAGUGGCUGGUGCCAUUUGGCAAUGAUUUGGUUAUGAGGGUGCUCACCUCACCAAUGGACUGAGUUCAUAGCUGCAUGGGCUCUUAGGAAGUAGGGCCUCGUUGGAGCAAGUGCAUCACUGGAGGAGUGCCUUUGACUGGUGAAGUGUCCAUCUAGCACCGGGCUUGGACUUAAUCAUUUGGAAGGGGGGACCAUGGACAUCAAAGCAUACUUUGAAAGAAUUGGUUAUCAGAAUCCCAGGAACAAACUGGACUUACAAACAUUAACUGAAAUCCUUCAGCACCAGAUACAAGCUAUUCCCUUUGAGAACUUGAACAUCCAUUGUGGGGAAUCCAUGGAGCUGAGCUUAGAGACCAUCUUUGAUCAAAUUGUGAGGAAGAAGAGGGGUGGGUGGUGUCUCCAGGUUAAUCAUCUCCUGUACUGGGCUCUGACCAAAAUGGGCUUUGAAACCACGAUGUUGGGAGGAUAUGUCUUUAACACUCCAGCUAACAAGUACAGCAGUGGUAUGAUUCACCUUCUAGUACAGGUGACCAUCAGUGACAAGGACUACAUUGUUGAUGCUGGGUUUGGACGUUCCUACCAGAUGUGGGAGCCUCUGGAAUUAGCAUCAGGGAAGGAUCAACCUCAGGUGCCUGCCAUUUUCCGCUUGACAGAAGAGAAUGGAACCUGGUACUUGGACCAAAUCAGAAGAGAGCAGUAUGUUCCAAACCAAGAAUUUGUUAACUCAGAUCUCCUUGAGAAAAACAAAUACAGAAAAAUCUAUUCUUUUACUCUCGAACCCCGAACUAUUGAUGACUUUGAGUCCAUGAAUACCUACCUUCAGACAUCGCCAGCAUCUGUGUUUACAAGCAAAUCAUUUUGUUCCUUGCAAACCCCAGAAGGGGUUCACUGUUUGGUGGGUUCCACCCUCACCUAUAGGAGAUUCAGUUAUAAGGACAAUGUGGAUCUUGUGGAAUUUAAGAGUCUGAAGGAGGAAGAAAUAGAAGACAUACUGAAAACUAUAUUUGGUGUUUCUUUAGAGAGAAAACUUGUGCCCAGGCAUGGUGAUAAAUUUUUUACCAUUUAGAAUAAGCAGCAGUAUAAGUUUUCAGUGUCCCUCCAUGUACUUGAACUUUUUAUGAUAAAUUUUCAAGCAGAUGUAUAUGUAAUUACAUGAGCCUUUUUGCAUCCAUACCCUAGCUUACCAGUUACUGGUAACUAGUAAUUUGUUGUAUCCUCUCUACUCCUGUAUUUUAAAUAGCAAUAAUUGCAUCUUGGAUAAACCUCAUUGGCUAUGACACUGCCACUGUGCAAAGCUCUACUCCUGUAUUUUAAUAAAAGAAAACUAGACAUUUCAUUCAUAAAAUAUCAGCACUUCUGGUUACAUGGCUUUUGAAUGAAACAUAGCUAGAAAUCAGCCAUUCAAAGAGUACUUUACUGAUGACAUGGACAUACUGGUGACCAUGCUGAUGUGUACAAGAAAACACCCAACAUUGGCUUACUGCUAAAUUCACAUGGAAUUUGUGCUAAUAGUUGAAUAAAAGAAAUAGUGAGAAAAGCAUUCCAUUAAAUUCAACCAGCAUGAAUCCAAUAUCUAAUUUUUAUGAGAUAUUAUCUGUAUAAUUUAGGAUGUGUUUGCAGCAAAGAAGAAUGGGAGCUAAUGUUGGUUCCAAAUAACUAUGUAGUCCUCAGUAUCUGACUUAUCCCAACACCUAGGGAUAUGUGGUUAGGACCAAAGAGAACCAGCCACACAGCUAAUGAUUUCCUUCUGUGUUGCUUUUGUAUCCAGUUCUUUUUAUACUAUUUUUCUUACUGUGGAAACAAACACCAAUGUUUAGAAAUUUGAGCUUCCAUAUUUUAAAAAUGUAAGUCUAAAAUAAUAUAAAUGAUGAAAUAUCUAUGUAAAACAAUUUCAAAGAGGUAUAUUAAAACAUGCUGACUAA